UUCAAUACCUCAAACCUUCAUAAUUAUAUAAAUCUCCUUAGAUGGGUAAGCCAACUCAAACGGCAAAAGACAUGCUUGAGCUUCAUGAAAACUACAACUAAGUUUAGCACUUUACAUGAAGCUAAAAAUCAACUUGUUUACUCUUCACUUUCAAAAGCCUUAUCAUCUGCAUCAAACUCUAAACAACUGCACAAAAUCCAUUCAUUAAUUAUAACUCUAGGACUUGAAAAAUCUAUCUUCUUCUCUGGUAAACUCAUAAGCAAAUAUGCUCAGUUAAAGGACCCAACUUCUUCACUCUCAGUUUUCCACCAAGUUUCACCUACAUCAAAUGUUUUCCAAUGGAAUUCAAUCAUUAGAGCUCUUACUCACAAUGGGUUGUUCUCUAAAGCCCUUUUUUUUAAUAGCAAAAUGCAAAAGAUGGAUGUUUUACCUGAUAAAUAUACUUUUCCUUUGGUUGCCAACUCAUGUGCGGCUUUGCUUGAUAUUGAGAUGGGAAAAGUUGUUCAUCAGAAUGUUUUGGAGAUGGGUUUAGGCUCAGAUUUGUAUAUUGGGAAUGCGUUGGUGGAUAUGUAUGCGAGAUUUGGUUUUUUGGCUGAAGCUUUAAAGGUGUUUGAUGGAAUGUCUGAAAGGGAUGUUGUGUCUUGGAAUAGUUUGAUUUCGGGAUACAGUGCAAAUGGAUAUUGGGAAGAAGCAUUGGAAGUUUAUAAUAUGGCAAGAAUGGCGGGAAUUAUGCCAGAUUCUUUUACUGUUUCGAGUGUUUUGCCUGCAUGUGGAGGUUUGAUGCAUGUUAAAGAAGGUGAGAUAGUUCAUUGUUUGGUUGAGAAAAUUGGGCUUCACAGCGAUGUAGUUGUAAGUAAUGGACUUCUUUCUAUGUACUUCAAGUUUAAUAGGCUUGUAGAUGCACGGAGGAUAUUUGAUGAGAUGAUGGUUAGAGAUUCUGUUAGUUGGAACACGUUGAUAUGCGGGUAUUCUCAGAUGGAGUUAUUUAAAGAGUCCACGGAGUGCUUUAUGCUGAUGUUGAAUAGUUUUAAGCCUGAUUUACUGACUAUUACUUCAGUUCUUCGUGCUUGUGGUCAUUUACGUGACUUGGAAUUUGGAAAAUUCGUUCAUGAUUACAUGAAGAAAAGUGGGUAUCAGUGUGAUGUUACUGCUGACAAUAUUCUUAUUGAUAUGUAUGCGAAAUGUGGUGACUUGCUAGCUUCGUGGGAAGUAUUUGACAGGAUGAUAUGCAAGGAUUCUGUCUCGUGGAACUCAAUGAUUAAUUGUUAUAUUCAAUAUGGUAAUUAUGAUGAAGCAUUGAAACUUUCUAAGAUUAUGAAGGUUGACUUGAAAGUUGAUUCUAUCACUUAUGUGAUGCUCCUCUCUGUUUCUACUCAGUUAGCAGACAAGGAGCUGGGGAAAGAGUUUCACUGUGAUGUAAUUAAAUUUGGAUUUGAUUCAGAUCUCAUUGUCAAUAACUCUAUGGCUGAUAUGUAUGCGAAAUGUGGGCAAAUAAAUGACUCACUGAAAAUAUUUGAAAACAUGAAAACUCAUGAUAGAGUGACAUGGAAUACAAUCAUAACAGCAUGUGUUCAAUCUGGGGAUUUCACUUUAGGUUUGAGAAUGAUUAAUCAAAUGAGGACUGAGGGAGUGAUGCCUGAUGUAGCCACUGUCUUAGGCAUCUUGCCUAUGUGUUCCUUUUUUGCUGCCAAACGGCAAGGGAAAGAGAUCCAUGGCUGUAUUUUCAGAUUUGGAUUUGAAUCAGACAUUCCAAUUGGGAAUGCACUAAUUGAAAUGUACUCUAAAUGUGGUAAUUUAAAAAAUUCUUGGCAAGUAUUUGACCGUAUGAAAGUGAGAGAUGUGGUGACAUGGACUGCUAUGAUUUCUGCCUAUGGAAUGUAUGGAGAAGGCAAGAAAGCAGUGGGAGCUUUUGAAGAUAUGAAAGCUACUGGUGUUAUUCCUGACCAUGUUGCCUUUGUUGCCAUCAUCUAUGCUUGUAGCCAUUCAGGUUUGGUAGAAGAAGGUUUGGCUUGUUUCGACCAGAUGCAGAAAGAUUACAACUUGGAGCCUAGAAUAGAACAUUAUGCUUGUGUAGUUGAUCUUCUUUCCCGUUCUGGAUUGCUAUCUAAAGCAGAGGAGUUUAUCUAUUCAAUGCCACUGAAGCCAAAUGCAAGUAUAUGGGGAUCUCUACUUAGUGCUUGUCGAUCAAGUGGAAACAUAGAGGUUGCAGAACGCGUAUCUGAGCGGAUCCUUGAAUUAAAGUCAAAUGAUACUGGGUAUUAUGUUUUAGUAUCAAAUGUGUAUGCCAUUUUAGGGAAGUGGGAUCAAGUGAGAAUGAUACGAAAAUCCAUUAAGGCUAGAGGGCUCAAAAAAGAUCCUGCAUGUAGCUGGAUAGAAAUUAAAAGAAGGUUGUAUGUGUUUGGAACUGGGGAUAAGUUCUUUGAGCAGUUUGAGGAGGUUAAUAAGUUAUUAGGGAUAAUUUCUGGUUUGAUGGCUAAGGAAGGUUAUGUUGCUGAUCUGAGAUGUGUUUUGCAUGAUGUUGAAGAAGAUGAGAAAAGAGACCUGCUUUGUGGGCACAGUGAAAGGCUUGCCAUAGCAUUUGGAUUAUUAAACACAAAGCCCGGGACUCCAUUGCAGAUUAUGAAAAACCUUCGUGUUUGUGGGGAUUGUCACACUGUAACCAAGUAUAUAUCAAUGAUUAUGCAAAGAGAAAUACUAGUAAGAGAUGCCAAUCGCUUUCAUGUCUUCAAGGAUGGAACCUGUAGUUGUGGAGAUCAUUGGUGAUGGAUCUCUUGAUCAUAUUUUUUAACAAGGAAAGAGAACCACCCUACCUUCUUCAUCAAAAUGAAAAAUGAAAAAGAACAGAGAUUCCUUCUUCUAAUGUAGCUGCUAAAUACAGGGCAAAUACUGGCUUACAUGUUGAGGCAUUAGAAUUUAGAAUUUCAAUAAUUUAUUUUUCCCUGGAUGAUUUUAUUGUGCUUCCGGGAGAAUUUUAAACCAUAAACAAAUAACUAUUAUAUCCUUUCUCAUUUUUGUUUUAUCAUUAGCUUAAAUCUUUAUUCUGAAAACUUUUUUUCUUGUUCGGUUAAAUUAUUCCGUUCUCAUUUUCCAUGAUCAUUAGAGGUCUUCCAUAAACUGAUUUGUGUUCGGUCAAUUACUACAUCAUUAGCUUAAUUAGUGUUCCAUGAGCUGUAAGUUAAAUUUGGAAAAUUAGAAUCAGUCAAUUUUGUAUUUUGUCGU